CGCCGCGUUCGCGUAUACACACACGUACGCAACGUAAUAUACAUUUUAUAAAAAAUAUAAUAAUACUGAUAUUCUAAUAAAUAAUAUUAUUGUUAAUCUARAGGUUAGAGUAGGUUUAGAUUGCAGACGCGGACAGCAGAAGCCAGUGUAUGCGUGUGUGCGUCUGACGUCUGUAUUUAUAAAUAAAAUUGUGUACGUGUGCGCGCGCGGUGUCCGUAUGUAUCCGUCGUAAGGUAUUCGCGUUCGCAUGCAAUAAAAAUAAUAAUAAUAAUAAUAAUAAUAAUAAAUAAUAAUAAUCAAUCAAUUUUGUGAUAACUUUUUACCCGUUAUACCGUAGUUAGAUUUUAGUCGUUUCGUUUUAAUUACAAUUUCAUCGUCCGACCGUACGCGACGCGUUUUAAAAAUUGUACGAAAAACUUCCUCGAAGAGAAUGCCGAGCGCGUCGUUCAGCUCGACUCGUUCUUAUACGCGGAGGACGAGGAGAAAAGGCACCAACCGUCUACCCAUACCGUCUAGGACGUCGAAUUCUGGCGGAGUUGUUGAAGCUGGAGUAACAUGUGAACCCUUAGUUGCUGCAAGUGGUAGCUAUGCCACUCCAGGAGGCUCUAGUACUAGUACUAGCUUCCAACAUGUGCCACCUUAUGACCUACGUGGCCGAAAAUCUCCUUUACAUUUACAUGAUGCUAGUACAGCUGGAUUUAAUGCUACAGCACCAGUACACCCAACUGCUACUCGUCCUACAUCACCUACAGCAUCAGCUACUGCAUCGGUAUUGCAGUCGGCUGCUACACCACCUUUAUCUCAGCCUGCCCGUAAACGCCUCAGACGAAAUACUUCUUGUACAAUUACUAGCUCUGACAAUUCAAAUUCGGCUGCCCAUUAUUUACAAUGUGAACUGCCAGAUGAAGUCAUGUUGACAAUAUUCAGUUACUUAUAUGAACAAGAUCUAUGCAGAAUAGCUCAAGUUUGUAAACGAUUUCAAGCAAUAGCUAAUGAUAAUAAUCUAUGGAAAAGAUUAUAUCAAAGUGUAUUUGAGUAUGAUACACCACUGUUUCAUACAGAAAAUAGUCGUUUUGAUUUUAUUCCAUUUGAAGAAAGUGAACACCAUAAUCCAUGGAAAGAAAGCUUUAGGCAGCUAAAAAAACGUUGUUUACAUGUAAGACCACAUUAUAAUGGUACUGCUAAAGACCCAGUUAGGAGAAUGCCACAUUUUGAAACAAUUCAAGCAGGUUUAGAUUAUGCUGAUGAACAUUUAAAUGGUGGAGCAAAAAUAUUUUUACAUCCUGGUACUUAUCGAGGCGAAUUUUUAGUGAUAGAUUCAGAUAUAACAUUAAUUGGAGCUGCUCCUGGUGUGGUUGCUGAUGCAGUAAUUCUUGAAAGAGAAACUGAAUCAACUGUUAUGUUUGUUGAGGGUGCCAAAAGUGCCUAUUUGGGACAUGUCACAUUAAAAUUUACUCCAAACGUUACUUCAACUGUACCUCAUCAUAAACAUUUUUGUUUGGAAGUUGGCGAAAAUUGUUCACCUACAAUUGAUCACUGUAUUAUCAGAAGCUCCUCAGUUGUAGGAGCUGCUGUAUGUGUUAGUGGAGCUGGUGCAAAUCCUAGAAUUCACCAUUGUGAUGUUAGCGACUGUGAAAAUGUUGGUAUUUACGUGACUGAUCAUGCUCAAGGAACAUUUGAAGACAAUGAAAUUUGUAGAAAUGCUUUAGCUGGUGUUUGGGUUAAAAAUCAUGCAAAUCCAGUGAUGCGUCGCAACCAUAUACACCAUGGAAGAGAUGUGGGCAUAUUUACAUUUGACAAUGGAUUGGGUUUUUUUGAAGCCAACGAUAUUCACAAUAACCGUAUUGCUGGUUUUGAAGUCAAAGCUGGAGCCAAUCCAUCUGUUGUACAAUGUGAAAUUCAUCAUGGUCAGACAGGCGGAAUCUAUGUACAUGAAAAUGGUCUCGGCCAAUUUAUUGAUAACAAAAUUCAUAGUAACAAUUUUGCUGGUGUUUGGAUCACUUCAAACAGCAAUCCGACCAUAAGGCGUAAUGAUAUAUAUAAUGGACAUCAAGGUGGAGUAUAUAUAUUUGGUGAAGGCAGAGGACUUAUUGAACAUAACAAUAUAUAUGGUAAUGCAUUAGCUGGUAUUCAAAUUCGUACAAACAGCGAUCCAAUUGUUAGGCAUAACAAAAUUCAUCAUGGUCAACAUGGUGGAAUAUAUGUACAUGAGAAAGGUGCUGGGCUUGUUGAAGAAAAUGAAGUUUAUGCAAAYACAUUGGCUGGUGUUUGGAUUACCACUGGUAGUACUCCAGUUUUGCGCCGCAACCGAAUACAUUCUGGUAAACAAGUGGGCGUGUAUUUUUAUGAUAAUGGACAUGGAAAACUUGAAGACAAUGAUAUUUUUAAUCACUUGUAUUCUGGUGUUCAAAUAAGAACUGGCAGUAAUCCAAUAAUUAAAGGUAAUAAAAUUUGGGGAGGCCAAAAUGGUGGAGUUUUAGUGUACAAUGGUGGGUUAGGAGUUUUAGAACAAAAUGAAAUAUUUGAUAAUGCAAUGGCUGGUGUUUGGAUCAAAACAGACUCUAACCCAACACUUAAACGAAAUAAGAUCUAUGAUGGUAGAGAUGGUGGAAUUUGUAUAUUCAAUGGUGGAAAAGGGUACAAUAGUGUUAUAUUAAUUCAAGGUUUACAACAUUGCAUUAAUGUUAAACUUGAAUUAGAUAUUAUUACUGAAAUUUGA